AUUGAGAAGGCGACAGCGGCGGGCUAUGGACACUGGAAGCGGGACCCUCAAACACCUCUUGCCAACGUUCUGUGUUUGGCAGCGUAGUUGAGGUUUGGAGACAGAUUUUCUCCGCUUUCCGACUGUUCACAUUCAAAGUUAACGGUUUAAUAACAACAACGUAUAAACUACCAAAAUGCACGUCUUGUUUUAUUGACGCGUGCAGAACCAGCCUGAAUUGAAACUACAUCUAAUUGUGUAAAGUAGCAGACUUGGGAUAAAAGGUUCAAGAUGCCGCCGAAGAAGCAUCACCUAAAACCAAAAGGAGCAAAUGUGUCCAGCUCGUUGGACCUCGAGUCGGAGGACAUCAGCCUGGAGACCACCGUCCCCACCGCCGAGGAGGUGUCCUCCUCCGACGAGCUCCGGGACGGCUCUCAGAGGGUGACCCGUCAGUUACUGGAGAGGAAGGAGCUGCUGCACAGCCUCCAGUUGCUCAAAAUAGAGCUGUCCCAGAAAAACCUGCUUCUGGAUAACAUGAAGGCUGACCACAUGACUAAGGUUGAAGAUUUGGAGGAGAGACUCAACGAUGCUUUACAUCAGAAGCAAGUGUUGGCCCUUAGGUUGGACAGUCAGCUGAAACUUGCUCAAGAGGAAAACAAGAAGCAGCAGGCGCUGCGUAAGCAGGAGAUGGACACCAUCAUGCUGAGGCAGAAGCAGCUGGAGGAAACCAACAGACAGCUGUGUGACAAAGCUGGAGAACUGCGCCGCUCUCUAAGAAAUCUGGAUAUCUCCCAGGACAGAUACGAGGAACUAAAGGAUUUACCUGAAGACAAACUGACCAUACAGGAAUAUGUUUCUGUGCUUUUCUAUGAAGUGGUGAAUCCUCUGCGCACUCAGGUAACACAGCUCACUUUAAAAAAUGGCUGUUUAAGUGAGGAACUCGAGGUACAUCGAACCCAGAUGAAGUCAUUGAUGGAGAGCUAUGAGGAGGAACGACGUCUCCGAGCAGAGCUGGAGAUCAGGUGCCAAAAACUGACCCUGGAUUUGGCUGACACAAAACAACUAAUACAGGAAGGAGACUACCGCAGGGAGAACUAUCCCACCAUUAGACGUGAGCGUGACCACUUAGAUGUAGAGUUGAACGAGUUGAAGAGGAGAUAUGAGAGCCUUGACUUAAUACAUACUGCUCUUAACCGAGAGAGGGACACACUCAGCAAAGAGGUGGCAACAUUGCAGCAGUCAGUGACCCUGUUACAGAAGGAUAAGGAGUACUUACACAGACAGAACAUGGAGCUGAGUGUCCGGUGUGCACAUGAGGAGGACCGCCUGGAGAGGCUUCAGGUACAAUUGGAAGACUCCAAAAAGGCCAGAGAGGAGGCCUACGAGAAAUAUGUGACAUCCAGAGACCAUUACAAAUCUGAAUAUGAGGCCAGGUUGAGAGAAGAGCUGGAGAACAUCAGACAUAAAACUGGACAGGAAAUGGACAGUCUACAGAGAGCCUCCAGGGAGAUGUAUGAACGCGAGAACAGGAACUUGCGUGAAGCCAGGGAUAUAGCAGUGCUGGAGAGAGACAGAGCGAUGGCAGCUGAGAGGGAUACCCAGUCUAGAUACGACCAGCUGCUGGAACAGUUCAGACAGUUGCAGCUAGGAACUGACAAUCGAGUGGCAGAGCUGUCCAAUCAAGCCAAACUUCACAGCUUCGAGGCUGAGCGUGCCGAGAUGGUCAAAGAGGAGACAGCCAAAGCCUUGGCCCAGUGCCAAGUGGAGUGUGAGAAAUUGCAGAAGAAACUGGAGGUCCUGACUCAGGAGUUUUACCGGCUGCAGACGAGCUCGGAGAAGCGGGUGACUGAACUCCAGGCGCAGACGGCAGAACAGGCCUCGAAGCUGGAGACCUACGAGCGGCUGGAGCAGGAGCUGGACCAGGUCACCAUGCAGGCAGCUGAGAUUGAAAAUGAAGAAGAGGCUGAGAGAGUGUUGUUUUCCUAUGGCUAUGGUGCCAAUGUCCCCACAACAGCAAAAAGAAGGCUAAAACAAAGCGUUCACCUAGCCCGGAGGGUGCUACAGCUUGAGAGACAGAACACAGCACUGAGGAGAGAGCUCGAUGCAAACAAGGCACAGGCUGGACAAGUAUCUCAAGAGCUUUUGGCAGUUAACCAGCUAUUGCAGCAGACACAGCAGCCCUACAGCUACCUGAUCGAGACGGUGAAGCAGCGCGAGGCUCAAAUCAGCACUUUGAAGGAGCGCAUAGCGUUACUUGAGGACGAUGUCAACUCUUUGAGGAGAGAAAAGUCAACAUUGCAACAGGUGAAAAACAACAUGGCCGCUGAUCUGGAGAGACUCCUCAACCACCGAGAGGAGUUAGCUGUAAUGAAGCAGGUUCUGAUUAGCAUGCAGUCUGGUCACAAAGAGGAGUUAACCAUGUUGAGCGCAGACAAAGCGGGCAUCAGAGAUAGAGGCUUAAGCAGGUCCGAGGAAGAGUCACCCCUCAAACCCAAACCUACAGUCUUUACCAAGAAAGAAGCCCCUGGAUGGUACGCUAAAACAAAGCAGAAACCUAAAUGACCAGUGCAGUGUUGACAUGAGAUUCCUUUUAUACAUUUUUGUUUUUAUUAACUUAAUUUUAGCAUUAUAAAACAGAAAACAUUAUUUUAACUGUUAAGUGAUUAUGUUUUUAUUAAGUGAGAAUGUUGUGAUAAAUUGGUCAUAGUAUUUUUCACAAGGUACACAGCCUUCACUAACAAAGAAAAGAAUUCCUGAUUCUUGGCAGUCCACUCUUUUAUUAGGUCUGUCUAUCAUUAGAACCUCAUCUUUUCCAGAUUUGCAAGUACGCUUGGGCCUACAGACAAACCCAUCCAAGCAUCACUGAUUUUAGUUUCCACAAGUCAAAUCCCUGUUCUGAAUAGAAACAGCAGACAUAUCAGCAUUUCUGUAUUUUGCACCUUAGUAUUAUUAGUGUCAAAUUUACUGAAAGGAAUGAGUUUGACAGAGUUAUUUUUUUAUGUACUUUUGAUUCACUGCAUGAAGCCAUGAGCCUUUCUAUUCGGUGCAUCAAAUAAAAAAACUAAAAUGUGGCUGUAUAGUGUAUUUAUAGUAUGAUAUUUGUAAAUAAUUUGACUGUGUAUUGGUCUGGCCAUGUCCUUUUUCAGCUGUAUGGUAAUAAAAGGGAACCCUGCUGUGAAAUUUUACACACCACUGACUUCACAAUGAAAUGACUCAAUUUAUGUUUUGUUGUCCAAAGCGCAAUGGCAUACGGGAAAAGGAUAGGGUAGCUAUAGAAUGGGACAAAUGUGACCAUUAGGAAACCGUCCUUAAAGAUGCGCUAUGCAGCUUUUCUGGUGGAAGGUCCACCUACUUUUCUCCAUGGAGAUGUUCUUGCUUUGCCUGGAAGCUAAUUAGUUUUUGUUUUUCCUCGAGUGAAGCAGAAAAGAGGGAGCCACUGUCUGUGUGAAUGUUCAUGUAUGUUAGUAUGUUACCAUUGUAUGACAUUAAACAUAUACAUUUAA